UCUGCUGAAAUUCAAGUUAAGCAGGAGCUCAUGGACAUUUCUACUUAUGAGGAGAAUGCAGAGAAGUUCAAUGAAUGCCACCCAGCUGCCAAAAAAAUCACCAAACUCAUUGCUGAAAUGCUUGCACUGGAUCUUCAGCCAUCAAAUGUAGUGGAAAAUGUUGGCCUGAACCGACUACUGGAAUACCUCCAGCCACAGUAUUCUCUACCUUCCUCAUCCUACUUUACCAGCACUGCAAUCCCAGAAAUGUAUGGAAGCGUGAAAGAAGUAGUUCUGACCCACCUCAAGGAGGCUGAAGGUGGAAUCAUUCAUUUCACAACAAGUGUUUGGGUGAGCAGCCAAACUCAAGAGUACUUGAUUCUUACAGCCCAUUGGGUAACAUUUGAGUCUCAAGUUCUGCCUCAGGGGCAAGAUUUCCACUCCUCAGCCCUCCUUGGUGUUUCUUCAAUUGACUGUGACUACAAUAUGCUGAACAUACAGAAGCAGCUUGAAUAUCUUUGGGACACCUGGAUUGGUUCCUCAGGCCUUAAAAUUGGAUUUACUGUAACAGAUAAUCAAACUAUUGGAAGCAUACUAGAGAGCAGUGAUCACACCACCAUACAGUGUUUUGUUCAUAGCAUAGACCUCAUUGUUAACGAAGCCAUAAAAAGUCAGAGGAUGGUUCAGAACUUGCUUAGUAUUGCUCGGAAAAUCUGUGAGAGAGUGCAUCGUUCUGCUAAAGCAAAGGAGAAGUUGGCAGAGCUGCAAAAAACUUAUCAGUUACCUGAAAACCAGCUGGUUCAGGAUGUUCCCUCUAAGUGGAAAACAUCAUAUUUUAUGCUUGAGCGAUUAGUAGAGCAAAAGAAAGCCAUU